GUCGCCUCCGCCUUCAACCUGGACACCCGAUUCCUGGUGGUGAAGGAGGCCGGGAACCCGGGCAGCCUCUUCGGCUACUCGGUCGCCCUCCAUCGGCAGACGGAGCCGCAGCAGCGCAACCUGCUCCUGGUUGGUGCUCCCCGUGACCUCGCCAUGUCUGAUGGCUAUACCAACCGGACCGGUGCUGUGUACCUGUGCCCACUCAGUGCCCACAAGGACGACUGUGAGAGGAUGGACAUCACAGAGAAAAAUGACCCUGACCAUCACAAAAUCGAGGACAUGUGGCUUGGGGUGACUGUGGCCAGCCAGGGCCCUGCAGGCAGAGUCCUGGUCUGUGCCCACCGCUACACCCAGGUGCUGUGGUCGGGGUCGGAGGAGCAGUGGCGCAUGGUGGGCAAGUGCUACGUGCGGGGCAACAACCUAAAGCUGGACCACACCGACGACUGGCAAACCUACCACAACGAGAUGUGCAACAGCAACACUGACUACCUGGAUACGGGCAUGUGCCAGCUGGGCACCAGCGGAGGCUUCACCAAGAACACUGUGUACUUCGGCGCUCCCGGUGCCUACAACUGGAAAGGAAACAGCUACAUGAUUCAGCGGAAGGAGUGGGAUUUAUCCGAAUACAGUUACAAGGACCAGGAGGACCAAGGAAACCUCUAUAUUGGGUACACGGUGCAGGUGGGCAGUGCCAUCCUGCACCCUACAGACAUCACCAUUGUGACGGGUGCCCCGCGGCACCGACAUAUGGGUGCUGUCUUCUUGCUGAGCCAGGAGGUAGGCGGAGACCUGCGGAGGAGGCAGGUGCUGGAGGGCACACAGGUGGGCUCCUAUUUUGGCAGCGCCAUUGCCCUGGCAGACCUGAACAAUGAUGGGUGGCAGGACCUCCUGGUGGGUGCCCCCUAUUACUUCGAGCAGAAGGAAGAGGUAGGGGGUGCCGUCUAUGUCUUCAUGAACCAGGCAGGCACCUCCUUCCCGACCCACCCCUCCCUCCUCCUUCACGGCCCCAGUGGCUCCGCCUUUGGCUUCUCCGUGGCCAGCAUUGAUGACAUCAACCAGGAUGGAUUCCAAGACAUUGCUGUGGGAGCUCCGUUUGAGGGCUUGGGCACGGUAUACAUCUACCACAGCAGCUCCAGGGGGCUCCUGCAACAGCCCCAGCAGGUCAUCCGCGGAGAGCAGCUGGGACUCCCUGGCCUGGCCUCCUUCGGCUACUCCCUGAGUGGGAAGAUGGAUGUGGAUGAGAACCUCUACCCAGACCUGCUCGUGGGGAGCCUGUCGGACCGCGUCGUGCUGCUGCGGGCCAGACCCGUCAUCAACAUCCUCCACAGGACCUUGGUGGCCAGGCCGUCCGUGCUGGACCCUGCGCUCUGCACAGCCACCUCCUGCCUCACGCCUCUGUCCCCCCAGGUCCACUUCCAGAAGGAGUGCGGGCAGGACAACAAGUGCGACAGCAACCUGCAGAUGCAGGCGGCCUUCGUGUCGGAGCAGGGGCAGCGGCUGAGCAGGCUCCAGUACAGCAAAGACCUCCGGAAACUGUUCCUGAGCAUCAAUGUGACCAACACCCCAAGCAGGGAGCGGGCUGGGGAAGACGCCCAUGAGGCGCUGCUCACCCUGGCGGUGCCCCCCGCCCUGCUGCUGUCCUCAGUGCGCCCUUCUGGAACCUGCCAGGCCAACGAGACCAUCCUUUGUGAGCUGGGGAACCCCUUCAAACGGAACCAGAGGAUGGAGCUGCUCAUCGCUUUCGAGGUCAUUGGGGUGACCCUGCACACAAGGGAAUUCCAGGCGCAGCUGCAGCUCUCCACGUCAAGUCACCAGGACAACCUGUUGCCCAUGACCCUGACUCUGCUGGUGGACUACACUCUCCAGGCCUCGCUUAGCAUGGUGAGUCAACGGCUACAAAGCUUCUUUGGGGGAACGGUGAUGGGCGAGUCUGGCAUGAAAACUGUGGAGGACGUGGGGAGCCCUCUCAAGUAUGAGUUCCAGGUGGGCCCAGUGGGAGAAGGGCUGGCAGUCCUGGGGACCCUGGUCCUAGGGCUGGAGUGGCCCUAUGAAGUCGCCAAUGGCAAGUGGCUGCUGUACCCCACGGAGAUCACCAUCCGAGGCAACGGGUCCUGGACCUGCCAGCCACCAGGAGACCUUGUCAACCCUCUCAACCUCACUCUCUCAGUCCCUGAGGACAGACCGCCAUCACCACAGCGCAGGCGGCGACAGCUGGACCCGGGGGGAGUGCAGGGCCCCCCACCUGUUCCUCUGGCUGCUGCCAAAAAAGCCAAGUCUGAGACCGUAUUGAGCUGUGGCAGUGCCCACACCCGCUGUGUGUGGCUGGAGUGCCCCAUUCCUGAUGUCCCUGUCCUCACCAACGUGACAGUGCGGGCUCGAGUGUGGAACAGCACCUUCAUUGAGGAUUACAGAGACUUUGACCGAGUCAGGGUAACCAGCUGGGCUACCCUGUUCCUCCGAACCAGCGUCCCCACCAUCACCAUGGAGAACAAGACGGUGCGGUUCUCCGUGGACAUUGACUCCGAGCUGGUGGAGGAGCUGCCAGCCGAUAUCGAGCUGUGGCUGGUGCUUGUGGCCGUGGGGGCCGGGCUGCUGCUGCUGGGGCUCAUCAUCCUCCUGCUGUGGAAGUGUGACUUCUUUAAGCGGACCCGCUAUUACCAGAUCAUGCCCAAGUACCACGCCGUGCGGAUCCCGGAGGAGGAACGCUACCCACCUCCAGGGGGCACCCUGCCCACCAAGAAGCACUGGGUGACCAGCUGGCAGACAUGGGAUCGAUACUACUGACGCCCUCCCUGAUCCCGCCCCUGCGCCCCUGGUGUCCCCUUCUUCUCUUUGUCAUAAGUUAAGUUAUGCCCCGACGGUCUGCAGGGGCCACGGCCUUUGGCUGGCACCAGUGGGUUCGGGCACACACACCUCCUUGAGCGCAUGCAUAUGCCAUCUGACCACGGGCUUCUCCACGCAGGAGGGCUGGGGCCGUGGGCUUUGCUACACCGAGCACACUGCAGCCCCGUGCCCUGGACACACGUGGGUCCCACUGCUUGUGGACUGUGCUUGUGCACCACAGAGGGUGCGUGGACAUGCGUGUGCCGGCCUUUGCUGAUGCCAAAACCAAGCCCGAGGGCCUCUGCCAGAGCCGGGAAGGAAAGGCCCCGAAGUGGUGACCCCUCCCUACUUACACUGGACCCAUCUUGAGCCAUAGUCACUGGGUGGACUUCGCUCCUGAGACGAAAACUACUGACAGGGAACAGCCCGCAGCCUCCAAGCUGUAGUUCCUGACACCGUGAGAGAGAACGCGGGUGGGGUGGAUCUGCCCGAGGCUGUCCAAGGGGGUGUUUACAGGACUUGGCAUGCUCAGACGUGAGAGCAGAAUGAACUAGAAGUAAGGUCACAGGAUGGCUUUCUUUCACGGACCACUGCGAAGCCUCUGUCCUCAGCCGCGGCGUGCACUUGUGGGGAAUGCAGCCUGAAGGAGCAAGGAUGGACAAGCUGCUAGGCAGCCUGGACACGCUGCGCUGGGACCGCCCUGGGAGCACAGAGGAAUCCUCAACCACAGACUGGCUGGUCCCGGGCCAAGGAGAUGCUGGAAGGAUACAGAGGAAAUGCCACUCCUCACCCACCACUACCGUCCUGGCGCCUGCAGGGCCUGGAGAGACCCCCACGAGAUCGAAGAGGGAGCGACACUUGAAUGUAGGACAGGGAGGGAGCCCUGUCCCUGACCCAUCGGCCACACCUCACUCCGUCCCCACCCACCAUGGGCUGGGGGCCUCGAAGUGGAGUUCUUGGCUGGCCUUGGCUUUCAUCGUCAACCAGCUCUGCCUUCUUCCCUAUGGGCUGAGUCCUGAGGCCCAUUCUGGAAGUCGAGGCUGGUUCCGGAAACCCCCUCCUGCCCCCUGCCUGUCGGCAGGCCCCCCGCCCCUUCCACGGUACUGUAGCAGGGGAGCUCCCUCCCCCUCCUUGUGCCUUCUUUGUACAUAGGCUUCUCACACCAACCAAUAAACAGCUCCCUGUUUGUACACACUG